UCCUUAAUCGAUAAUUGGCGCGCCUGCGCAGAGUUGAAGGUGAAAACCGAAUCAGGUUGCGCCAAAGCACAAAUUAAAUAACCAUAACCGAAAAGAAACUCACCUUGUCAUGGAUUUGGGCGACUCCAAGCUGCGGGCAGUGCGUGUGCUGGGCCAGGGCACCUUCGGUCGGGUGUUUCUCUGCCAGCAGCGCAACGCCGAAGGCGAAACCCGUAAUGUCUGCGUCAAACGGAUCAUUGUGCGCAAUCCCAAGACCGAGCUGCGUCCAAUCAUGGAGGAGGUGUACAUUAUAUCGCAGCUUCGUCACCCUUACAUCGUCCAGUUCCUGCGCUCCUUUAACCACGCCGGCACCGUCAACAUUGUCAUGGAGUAUUUGCCCAAUGGCACCUUGCGGGACGUGAUCCAGCGCCUGCCCAGGGGAGGAUCAACUGGUGGCGUGCCGCAGAAGCGCCUGUUGCGGUAUUUCUGUGACAUGGUCGUGGGCCUGGAGUACCUGCACAUCCGGUGCGUCAUCCAUCGGGACAUCAAGCCGGAGAAUAUGCUGCUGGAUGCCAACGACCGGGUCAAGAUCGCCGACUUUGGCAUCUCUAAUGUCCAUGCGCCCAGCACACAGCUGCAGGCGGGCAUGGGCACGCCGUUGUACAUGGCGCCGGAGGCGAUGUCCAGCCAGGGCAAGGUGGACUUCAAAUCGGAUAUAUGGUCACUGGGCUUGGUCCUCUACGAGUUGUGCCUGGGCAGGAGCCCGUUCACAGCGCUCCUGGAGACGGGUGGCGGCGCCUCUGCCACUCCUACCCAGCUUCAGGCCGUUAUCCAGGCUCUGGUCCGUCCCAAGCUCGACUGCCAGCUCAUCCGGCGACUCUACGAGCCCGUGUGGGCGCGCAUCUGCGAGCUGAUGAUCGUCUACGAGCCGAAGCGUCGCAUCUGCCUGCCGGAUCUUUACCAUGUGGAUGCCGGGAUCACAGCGGCGCUGUACAGGCAGUACUUCGACUACAGAUACUAGGAGGGAGGAGCAGGUGCCCCCCUUGGAAGCUAUAAGAAGCCAUUUUAGGAUAAGCAAUAAACUAUAAGAUCAAUCCAAA